AACCAAACCGGCCGUUUCCCCCUUCCCAAUUUGGAAAGGCGCGGGAACAGACAAGUCUGACGAGCGCAGCCUCUCGUUCCUCUCGGGCAGAGGAGGAGCUCGUCGACAACCCCCGAGCAACGAAGCUUCUCCUCGCCUCGCCGGGGAAGAAGACCACAAUGCCGAGGUGGUCGCCGCCUCCGCCGCGGGACGGCGAGCACUUCUUCCCCCUGGGCUCCCACGACGCUGUCUCGCUAUCCCUGUUCGUGGCGUGCGUCGCGGCCACCGUGGCGAUCGCCUCCUCCAUGUGCUCUGCUUGCGGCCGCAAGCCCAAGGCCGUCAGCCAGGAGCCCGACGCCGCCGCGGCUGCGGACACGAAGGCCGCCGGAUCGGAGGUGGAGGAGGAGGUGGUGACGCUGCCGCCGGAGCUGGCGACGCACGGGCCGAUCGAGCCCGCGCCGCUGCCGGUGGCGGCGUCACGGCGGAAACUGUCCGUCUCCAUGAGCCUCAGCCAUGGCAUCAGCACUGCCAAGAACCUCGCCAACAUCCCGGACAAGAUGCGGCUGAGCAAGCGGGAGCGCAGGGAGAAGCAGGACGCCCCCGAGGACACGCUGUGGAAGAAGGCCAUCAUCCUCGGCGAGAAGUGCAAGAUCCCCGGCGAGAGGGAAGGCGAGGUGUCCGACCCCGACGCAGCGGCCGAUGCGGCAGACGAGAUGGCCGCCGGCACGUUCCGCCGGUCAACCUACUCCCGGCCCGUGUCGCGGUCCAACUCCUUUGCCGUCAACCAGCCCCUCCCCGAACCUCCCGCCUUCCAGUCCUCCUCUAAUUCCUGAGGAAUGAAGAAGCUGUAUGUAUACAUUCUGUCUAGGGAGAAGCUAUGCUAGUGUGGUGAAAUGCAUCGUGGCGUGGUGCGUGCAUGCAUUUGAUCUUCUUUUUGAAAUUUCGAGAUGAAUGCAUUGGUGAUCCAUCCAUCUUUCGGACGGAGUGACAAUGGGGGAGAAUGGGCUUGUGUUGGUGACACAUAUUUUUUCUGACUGCAAAUGUUGAUACUAAUCUGAAUAAGCAAUAAGCACACCAAUUUCACAGUA